CAGCUGGUAGGCUGGAUAAAAUAAGGGAGACUGCCGACGAGGCUCGCCCGCCCAAGGGGUUGCGGGGUGGCGGCGGUUGUUGUUUUGCGUGUGUGUAUUAAUGUUGUGAUGGGUUUUGUGGGGUGGGGUUGCGAGUGAGAUUAUUUUAUAAUAUCGAGGCUUCCGGCAGUAUCGAACCGGCAGCUGUCGAGCGUCCAAGGCUCGCGCGCCUCCUAAGUUCCAUGGGGACCCCGCCCCCUGCCAUCGCUUCAGGAGACCUCGUGGGGAGCUGGGGCGAGGUGGCCGAGCCCGAUCUGAAGCUGCAGCGCAGCGCAGUGUUACCACAUAUAUAUGAUAACAUAUAUAUCAUGCAGCACAGUGUCGUUUUAUCUUGUAUCUAUCUAUGCUUUAUCAUUAUUUUAUUUAUGUAUUAAAUAUGUAGAUACACACAUAGAGCCUCGCGAUAAGGUUUGCAGCUGGCCCAGUAAUAAAUCGAAAUAUCAAAAGGAGUCCACUUCAUGGGAUACAACCUUUGUGGGACUGUGCGCAGGCUCAAGCCAUGAUAGAUUUGGAAGUCUCUAUGGUGCUAUUUCACCUUUCUCUCUCUGCUGCAAACAUAGCUGCUCCUCUGGAUGGCAUCGUAACGAUGCUUUCCCUGUCAUGGUGAUUGAGAGGCAAAAUGGAAAUGUGUUAGUGCAUCUCGGACCCAAGAUUCAGACCUAUCCUGAGGAGUUAAUCCGGCAGCGCUGUGGUCCCAAUGGGCACCUUGAAUACCUGAUUCGCUGGAACUGCCUCAGCCUGGAAAAUGGUACAGGAAGUAGACCUGGCACCUGUUCAGCAGAGAGCGGCAUGGAGAAUUUCCUGAUGUGGAUGUCGGCAGAUGAUGCCUAUGCCAACUGCCCAACCCUCUUAGGCAAGAGGACACCCAAGGAAGAGAGUUCGCGCAGAAUAUUCCCUCCCGAUGUCAUGUUGGAUGAAGCAUCUCUUUCGGAGAUGAAGGCCGAUGUCAGGAACUUAGUGCAGCGGGCUGCUUGGCAAAUGGCCAGCACCACAGUCCCUCAGUCCUCCAUCCUGAACACCAUUCAAGUGCUCAGUGCUUAUGCCAGCAUUGGCUCAUUGAUGGGGGUCUUCAAGGAAACGGGUGCCCUCAGUCUGCUGAUGAAGAUGCUGUGUAACGAGGAGGAGCAGGUCCGUCGCAGCGCAGGCAAGAUCCUGAGGGCUCUGGCUUCACAUGAUGCAGGGAGCCGAGCCUAUGUCCUCUUGUCCCUGAGCCGGCAGGAUGGCAUUGAACAACACAUGGACUUUGACAGCCGCUAUACCCUCUUGGAGCUGUUUGCAGAAACAACAUCCUCAGAAGAGCACUGCAUGUCCUUUGAGGGGAUUCCCCUUCCACAGAUUCCAGGGAAGCUGCUGUUUUCUCUGGUGAAGCGCUACCUAUGUGCCACCUCCCUCGUGGACAAACGCCAUAGCGGCACAGACCCAGGAGGGGAGCAUGCAACAUCUGAGCCCUCCAGUACGUGCUCCAGGGACAGCAAAAGGCUGCAGCGCGAGUUUGACUUCAGCAUGGCCAUGGCCAGCCUUAUUUCAGAGCUGGUGCAGGCCAUGGGCUGGGAUCGCGGUUGGCAGCUCCGGACUCUCAGCAGGAAGCCGCCUGGGGCAGUUCAGUCUAUCUUCCAGCCCCAGGCUCCCAGUGGCGCCACUGUCCCACCAGCCGCUCGGCUCCCCCAGAAGGAGACCGGCACUUUCAAACUGCGCUCGGCCUUCCCCAGUCGCAACAGCUAUGUGGAGUAUGUGCAGGAGAAGCUGGUGCGGGGCAUGCAUGUGCGCAUGUUGGAAGACUACGAGAAAGUCUGCGCGGGAGACGAAGGCGAGUUCCUCCAGAGCAAUGACGGCACGCCACCGAUCCAGGUUUACUGGGAGUCUCUGGGCCGCACAUACUGGGUGCAUUGGCACAUGGUUGAGAUCAUUGGUUCCUCGGGGCAUGCAGAUGAGAAAGCCCAAGAAAAGUUAACCAGCCUUACAGCCUCUCUGAGACGGGACACAGCUAACCAGGCAACGUACCGUAAACCCUUUGGGGGCCUAUACUCGGUGCCAUACCUGACGGAUCAUAUGAAGGAGAAAUCUGAGACUCUGAGCCGGGCCGAAUGGUGGGAGCUCCUCUUCUUUGUUAAGAAGCUGGAACAGCAGGAGCAGCAGGAAGUGGUCCAGAUCAUCCAACAGAACGAGAAGCUGCCAGAGCUAGACGAGGAAGGCCUGAUCCCGCUGUCUGUGUCCGUAGAGCUAGCUCAGAAAGUGCUCCAGUUCCUGAGCAGGCGCUGCCAGGGCAACGCCCAAAGUGACCUGCGCAGCUCCCACGUCUAUCUCAAGUAUUCCUCCAGCGAAGGAGGGACAGAGGGGCAGGAUGGCCAAAAGAUGGAUCUGGCCCCUGCGAAGUGUGGCGGCCUUUCCCAAGCUGUGGCGUCCAAAAAGAUAGAGGAGGACUCGCUGCCUGCUGAAGCGCCUUCUGCAGCUCCAUCCGUGGAAGAGAAAACAGACACCCAGCUGGUUCAUGAGCUCCUCAGAGUGGAAGGACUUUCCUACCCAGACACACUGGAUGAGAAGACCAAAGCUUUCUGCAGUGUGAAGCUGGUCGGGAAGAAGAGCACCAUUGAGCAGCUCUCCAAUGCCUUGGAAAUGAUCCAGAAGCCCAGCUGUGACGCCGAGCAGCAGAUGGCCGGCCUCAGAUUCGCCAUCAGCAUCUUGGAGGAGGAGCUUGAGCGAGAGAGGCAAGAGAAGCAUGUCGUCAGGAUGGAGUGUGAGGUCUCCAGAAGGGAGAAAACGGGGAGGCUGCUGGUGGAGCUGCUAAGUCACGGAGCGGAGGAGAAGCUGGUGAUGGUGUUGGCACUACAGAUGCUGUGCAGGUUCAUGGCCAAGUACGACUGGCGGGUCCUCUUUGCCCUCGGAGGGGGGCUGCGCUCCGUGCUACAGUGCAUGCAGAAGCACUCCGCGUCUGCGUCGGUGCAGCAGGCUGGCUUAGCGGCGUUGAAGAUACUUUUGGGAGCUGGGAACUGUGAGCUACCAGGAGGCUGCGAGAAGCACUACCCUCUGAAACCCUCAGAUGCCCGGGCAAUGCAAGAGAUCUUUGCCGGCGUCGGUCCUGCUUCCAGCAAGGUCCCUGGCAAUUUGCUCUGCGCUGUCCCUGCUGCGAUCGAGAAGAUGCUGAGCACGCCUGGGUCCUCGGCAGCAGUUCGGAACGGGCUUCUGGUGCUCAACCGAUUGAUCGACUACCACAAGGGCCUGGCGGAGCAGCUGGAAAACGGUGACCUCCACGUGGUCCUGCAGAGCUGCUGCCGAGCCGGCCAGAGCUGCAACGAGAGGCUGGCUCGGGUAGUGCUCAGCCGCUUGGCUGGACGUACGCCGCCCCUGAGCCAGGAGGACGCAGUCUCUGCAGCCUCCUUUGGCCUGAAGGACAUUGAUGUUCCCAAACUGCUGAGCAGUUUGCACACCAGCAGUGUUUGCAAGGAGAUGGUGCUGGCUCUGGAGGGCUGCAUUUGUGGCCAGGGUGCCUUCCCCGUGGGAAACAGCUGUGAGUUUCUGGCAGACGUACUUCUGCUCAAAGACUUGGUGCCACUGGGAUCGGAGAAGGACGUGCUGCUCGGAACGCUAAGGCUUUUGAACAAGUUUCUGGACAGUUCCUGGGAAGAUUCAGUGCCCUGGCAUAAGUGCAUUGAGUCUUGCCUGUCUUCCAUGACUGCCCACCUAAAUGAUCAAGAGGUUGUCCAGGAGUCCAUUGAGUUCCUUCAUCACUUGGCAACCCUGGACAGAGACUGUGCAGUUUCCAUGUGCUGCCUGCGUACCGAGGAAGCCUUGGCCAAAGUCGUGGAGAAGCAUGGCUCCGGUCUCCCAUGGGUGACGGAACUGGGCGACCUCGUGAGCAAGUGCGAGAAGUACGCCGGCCUCUAUAAGAAGAUGACCGCCAGCAUCCUGGCUGGCUGCAUCCAGGUGGUUCUGGGUCAAAUAGAAGAACACAGGCAGACCCACCAGCCUAUCAACAUCCCAUUCUUCGAUGUGUUCUUGCACAGUCUUUGCCAAGGCUGCAGCACGGAGGUCAAGGACGACAAGUGUUGGGAGAGGGUGGAAGUCUCCUCCAACCCUCAGCAAGCCAGCAAGCUGACGGACGGGAACCCCAAGACCUACUGGGAGUCUAAUGGCAGCAGCACCUCCCACCAUAUCAACAUCUAUAUGCAUCGUGGGGUAGUUAUCCGGCAGAUGUCUCUGUUGGUGACCAGCGAGGAUUCCAGCUACAUGCCAGCGCGUGUUAUGGUCAUGGGAGGGGAGAGCGCAGCCAGCGUCAGCAUCAAGCUCAAUACGGUGACUGUCCCGCCAUCAGCCAGCAGAGUGAUCCUCCUGGAGAACCUGAACUGCUUCUGGCCCAUCAUACAGAUCAAGAUCAAGCGCUGUCAGCAGGGGGGCAUUGACACUCGCGUGCGUGGCAUCGAGGUGCUGGGUCCCAAGCCCACCUUCUGGCCCAUCUUCAAGGAGCAGCUGUGCCGGCGCACGUACCUCUUCUACACCACCAAGGCGCACACCUGGUGCCAGGAAAUCUCGGAAGACCGGAUGCAGCUGCUGCAGCUCUUCAACAGGUUGAACAGUGCCUUGCGCCACGAGCAGGUCUUUGCCGACCGCUUCCUUCCCGACGACGAAGCUGCCCAGGCCCUGGGCAAGACCUGCUGGGAGGCUCUGAUCAGCCCUUUGGUGCAGAGCAUCACCACUCCAGAUCCCAGCGGCAUCAGCCCCCUUUCCUGGCUCCUGAGCCAAUACCUGGAGAACCUGGAGGCGUCCCGGAGCGCCAAAAGCCGGGCGGCCAUCUUCAACUCUCGCGUCCGGCGCCUGAGCCACCUGCUGGUGCACGUGGACUCCAGCAGCCCUGAGCCUGAGGAGCUCAAGCCCCCUGUGAAAUCCAACGGGAAGAACGGGAAGAACAAAGAGUCGAGUUCUGGGGCCGUCAAGGCAGCCGUGAAGAAGCCCAGCAGCACUACUGGCAUCACCCAGUGCUGGAAAGGGGUGGUCCAGCAGCAGGUGAAGCUGUUCCUGGAGUCCUCCUGGCAGGCCUCGGACUUUGUGGAGCGCUACUGCAACACCUACCUGCGCCUCCGCACCGCCAUGGAGGAGCUUUUUGGGCAGCAGAUGUCCUUCAUGCUGGCCCUGUGCCACGGCUUCUCGGGGGGUCUGCUGCAGCUCUCCUUCCUGACAGCCAUGCACGUGAGUGAGCAGUUUGCCCGCUACAUCGACCGGUGGAUCCAGAAGAGCUGGGCGGACUCUGGCAACGUGGAGACUCUGCGGCGCCUGCAGCAGAGCCUGGAGCCCGUCCUCUUCCUGGCAGGCCUGGAGUUGGCCAACACCUUUGAGCACUUCUACCGGUACUACCUGGGAGACCGGCUCCUGUCGCAGGGCAAGACGUGGCUGGAGUGUGCCGUGGUGGAGCACAUUGGGCUGUGCUUCCCCAACCGUUUCCCCCAGCAGAUGCUGAAGAACCUGAGUGAGCUGGAGGAGCAGCAGCAGCAGUUCCACCUCUUCCAGCUGGAGCAGCUCGACAAGCACCUGCUGGAGCUCGACCAGGAUGGGAACUGGGAGGCGGAGGAGGAGAUGGAGGAAGGCGAGAUGGUGCAGGCACAGCAGUUGUUCUCUCGGGAGGAAGAGGCCGAGGUGAAGGUGCUGGCGUUGUCUCCACGCUGUUGGACCAUCUCCUCGUUCUGCUACCUGGAGGAUCCUACCAGGUUCUUCCCAGAAUCCCUCAGUCAGCACCUGAGCAAGUUUGCUGACUUCUACACCCAGAGUCAGAGCCGCUUUGGGCUGGAGCACACCAAGCCGCGGCGUUUGCAGUGGACGUGGCUGGGCCACGCGGAGCUUGAGUACCAGGGCUGCCUCCUGCAUGUCUCUACCCUGCAGAUGUACAUCCUCCUCUGCUUCAACACUGCCGAGGAGGUUUCUGUGGAAAGGCUCUUUCAAGCCACAGGUCUCUCCCCUGAGCUCCUCAACUGUGCGCUGAAACCUCUGACGGCGAAUGCAAUCUUGACCCAGAGCCAGGAUAUCUUGAGGCUGAGUGAGGGGACACUGGCCCUAGCGCCCAGCCAGCGCCUGUGGCUGUUGCCCAAGCAGACCUACUUCAAUGUGGAAGAGAACGAGGGCGGGGCUCUGGAGAGGAAGAGGAACGCCAUCUGCUGCCUCCUUCUCGAGAUCCUGAAAGAGGAGAGAGAGCUGCACAUCGACAGCCUGGUGUUCAGGGUGAUAGAUGCCUGCCAGAAACCAAAGCCGGCCUCGGUCCCAAAGUUCUCCAGCUUCUGCUGCAGCAGCGCUGAUGUCCUGUCCUGCGUGCUCCACCUGCUAAACCAGGGCUCCAUCCAGCGCCGGGAAGACCACCCACAUCUCUUGCAGUGCGUCUCCAAGAAGCCCCCCGCCCUGCCGGCACCAAGGAACCAGCCUCAAGUAGUGUUCCAGACCGUUGAGAUAAAAAAAGCACCCACUGCGCCCUGCCCAGAAAAGAGACAGGCCUUCUCUACAUUUAGGUAGAACUGGCUGUUGGCAUUCUGACAUAGCUGCCCAGAAUGCUGCCUUCCUGCAUGGGAUUGAGAGAGCGGCCCUUGCUUUUCGACGCAACGGCAAGGAGGGCAAUGGGCGUUGUUUUUGCUCCACGGCUGACUCCGACUCCUCCGAAUAGGAGGAUCGCAAGCUGCCUUUUCAGCGGAGAGCAAAGUGUGCUUGCGGUGGGCAGAGCUGGCUCCCUCCUGCAAGGAGAAACUAGCCAAGCUGUCGCAAGCAGCUGCUUCCAGAAGGUGGAUGUGUUUUAUUCAAGCCACUACCUGGCUGCUGUAGGCCUCCUGGGCUAGCAGCCGGCCUGUUAUUCGGUGCAAUAGGAUGCAACGCAGACUGGUUGGUAAGCAGCCACAGCCUUUCCUGAAUGUCCAGAGUCACUUGUGGGUUAUACACUGGGUUGUAUAACCCAGGCGACUCGGGAAGCGUCUUCUCCAGAUGAUAUACUUGCCUUAUUUCCCCCCCGUGUCAAAUUGCCUUGCAAACAUGGCCAAGGUGGAAGGAUUGCUUCCUUCCCCCUCACUGGAAACGUGAUCUUUUGAUUCAUGCCCCUGGCCUUAGGGGAGGAGCAUCUCCCAUCCUUGCAUGUUCGUUUGGCUGCUGGACAAACCUCACUGAGCUGUUACAACAUGGUGUCCUCUAGAUGAUGUUGGCACUAGCCACUCCCGACAGCUGCAGCCAAGAUAGCGAGUGGUCCAGGAUCUUCAGGAGUUGUAGUCCGUCGUCAUCUAAAGUGCCUCCUGUUGGCUGCAUGUGCUCUGAUUUCUUUACGACAUCCUUUCGGUGCGUAAGACAGGACAUCCGGCCUAGCCUUUGUGUAGGAAUCUAGCGCUGGUGUAUUUAUUUUUUAUUUAUUUUUAAUGCAUUUUGUGUUCUCGUUUUAUAUUUUUGUGCUGUGAACUGCCUUGGGAUCUCUGGACGACGGGUGGUAUGCAAAUGUAAUAAAUAAUAAUCACAAUAA